UCAUCACGAAUUGCGGGGGGUAAAGUUCAACAAAUUCUCACUUGGCCAGGGGCAACCGAAAAUUUCCGAAAAAUUCCAACUUGCUUGUUGUACGAUGAUUCUGGACGUGUGUUGGCGUGGGGUUUGGAGGCGAAGAAUGCAAGUCCUAUGCCGGGUACGGUUAGAUGUGAAUGGUUCAAGCUGUUCCUGGAGCCUAGCGCGUUGAGGGAUGAUGUCGUGGAUCCGAGAUUACCCAAGUUGCCUUUGGGAAAGAAAGCAGUGGAUUUGAUUGUUGAUUUCUUGACCUGUCUUUGGGACUAUGCUCGCGAACGAAUCACUCAGGAAAUUGGUAUCGUUGCGGAUUUGAAUGCUGCUGACGUUUGGCUCACUGUCCCUGCGGCUUGGGAUGCGAAGGGCUGUCAACUCAUGCGUGAUGCUGCAAUUCAAGCAGGUCUUGUUGGUGCCGCCUUUGCAGGCGACCGUGAAUGGAGAGAUCGUCUUCAUAUUAUAACCGAACCAGAGGCAGCAGCCGUACACUGCGCCCACCUUACGAACCUUCAUCAACUUCGUCCCAGUCAGAAUUUCAUGAUCUGCGACGCUGGAGGAGGUACGGUGGACCUUGCAGUAUACAAAAUUAUCGGUUCGCUCCAGAACCUUGAAAUCGCCGAAGUGUGUGCUCGUUCGGGGUCCAAUUGUGGUUCGCUAUUCCUCGACUUGAGAUUUAGGGAGUUGGUGAGAACGUUGUUGGCGGACCACCCUGUUCAUUUGGAGCCGGCAAGUUUGGCGUAUUUUAUGCAUGCAUUCAGCGAGACGGAUAAACUCGCGUAUCUUGGAGAAAGCGAUGAUGGGAAUAUGUUCCAUUUCACUUGUUUUAACGUCGAGGAUCCCGAUGAUCCUGCUGUUGGUUUGAUCAACGGUGAACUGGCUAUUCCGGGAAACUUGUUGCGAAGAGAGGUGUUCGAUCCAGUCAUUGAGCAAGUUUUGAACUUGAUCGAGGGACAAACUCGCCGUGUUGAUCAGAGGAUUGACGCCCUACUGCUUGUCGGCGGUUUCUCAGGAAGUGAAUAUCUCUUCAAGCGAGUGGAUGAGACUUUGGGUUCUCGUAUCAAAGUCAUUGCUCGCCCCUCGGACGCUGACACUGCGACUUGUCGUGGUGCUGCUCAGUACGGCCUCGCUCGACGUCCCCUUGUCUCUUCCAUCAUCGCACCCAAAUCGUAUAUCAUGCGAGUCAAAUUGCCAGCCGAGCCAGAAGACUGGCAGAGACGACCGGCGUAUAUCACUGAAAACAAUGCCGGCGUUCAUAUCUGUGAAAAUAGGCUACAGUAUCUUGUCAGUAAGGGUGCGAUCUUGAGGAAGGGUCAGAGGAUUCGAACCAAAUUCUGCAAAUUCUCUUCGACUCCUCAAGAUCGUAUGUUUGUUGCGGUGCUUUACACAUCCGACUCGGAUAAACUUAUGCGGUAUACUGACGAAGGCGAGACGUACGAGUUGUGCAAGUGGACCGUAGACCUCGCUACACUACCCAGUUUCCAACAGCACGCAAAUAACCCUCAGCCAGGCGGUUUCUAUACUGAUUUCGAACUUGGUUUGGAACUUGACUCGGCUGAAGUUCGGGGUGUCUUGCUAUAUAAUGGUUAUGAGUGUGGCCGAGUUACGUUUGAUUUCUUGGUUUGAUCUCCAUCUUGCUAUGGUAUUUAUUAGGACGUGGGUGGAGGUCGGGUAAAAACUUUGACCUGUGUGCUGUUUUGCCUUGCUACUUUUUUUUCGAUACGCCCAUUUAUGUUACUUCCACAUAUUUACACGAUCCUCUACCACCCCUCGUUUAUUAUAAUCCUGUCUCUUCUCUGCGAAUGCGGACCGUUGAAGGUGUCACGUUCAGAUCGG